AUGGAGAACGGCGGCGGCAAAGGCGACGUUCCCGACGAUGCGAACGAGCAUUGCCCUGGAACGCAGUCGGAGGAGGCGGGGAAGUCGGAUGCCUGCGCUGGGUGCCCCAACCAGCAGAUUUGCGCCACCGCCCCCAAGGGCCCUGAUCCCGAUGUGGUUGCUAUUGUUGAGAGGUUGGCUACUGUGAAGCACAAAUUAUUAGUUUUGUCUGGAAAGGGAGGUGUUGGAAAGAGCACAUUCUCAGCCCAACUCUCGUUUGCCCUAGCUGAAAUGGACCAUCAGGUUGGCCUUCUUGACAUAGAUAUAUGUGGCCCUAGCAUCCCUAAAAUGUUAGGCCUUGAGGGACAAGAUAUUCAUCAAAGCAACCUUGGCUGGUCACCUGUGUAUGUUGAGUCCAACCUUGGCGUGAUGUCGAUUGGUUUCAUGCUGCCUAAUCCAGAUGAUGCUGUCAUAUGGAGGGGUCCCCGCAAGAAUGGAUUGAUCAAGCAGUUCUUAAAGGAUGUUGAUUGGGGGGAGAUUGACUAUCUUGUUGUGGACGCUCCUCCAGGAACAUCUGAUGAGCACAUCUCGAUCGUGCAAUACCUUCAAGCCACAGGAAUCGAUGGUGCAAUAAUCGUCACAACUCCGCAGCAGGUCUCUCUGAUUGACGUGAGGAAGGAGAUAAGCUUCUGCAAGAAGGUUGGUGUCCCUGUCCUAGGUGUUGUGGAGAACAUGAGUGGCCUGAGGCAGCCGCUUUCAGAUCUCAGAUUCGUCAAGUCAGAUGGGGCGGGUGAGACAGAUGCAACAGAGUGGGCCCUGAACUACAUCAAGGAGAAAGCCCCUGAGCUUCUGUCGGUCAUGGCCUGCAGUGAGGUAUUUGAUAGCAGCAAGGGAGGCGCUGAGAAGAUGUGCCAUGAAAUGGGGGUUCCUUUCCUUGGUAAGGUGCCCAUGGAUCCGCAGCUGUGCAAGGCGGCUGAGGAAGGGAGGUCAUGCUUUGCUGAUCAGAAAUGCAGUGCCAGUGCGCCGGCUCUUCAGAACAUUGUGAAGAAGCUGAUCAAGACUGAGUGA